AUGAAUGAAGGAGAGACUGGACUGGACCUGCUGCGGGGGGCCGGGGCCAGGGGCGGAGCCAGUGCGUCACGGGGCUGGAGGGAGACGCCCCAGGGGACAGAUAGGGUAGACUUACACCGUGCAGAAGACAGACAGCGGGAGGAGAGUGUGAUGGAGGCCACGGGGAAGUACGAGUUCAAAGGCAGCGAACAAGAGGAGCUCAGCUUCCGGAAAGGAGACAUCCUCAAGAUCCUCAGCCGAGAAGACGAGUGGUUCAAAGCCGAGAUGAACGGACACGAGGGAUUUGUGCCGCAGAACUACAUUGAGUUGAACACUCCCAGGUGGUUCCAGGAAAGUGCCAAUCGAGCGCGAGCCGAGGAGCUGCUCCGGUUCCAGGACGUGGGAGAGUUCGUGAUCCGCGGCUGCCAGAGUUCACCAGGAGAGUUCUCCAUCUCUGUCAAACACGAGACGGACGUGCAGCAUUUCAAAGUGAUGCGCGACAACAAGGGCCAGUACUUCCUGUGGUCAGAGAAGUUCACCUCUUUGAACAAACUGGUGGAGUUCUACAAGACGACCUCCAUCUCCAAAACGCGGGAAAUCUUCCUGAACGACGGCACACCUGGCACCCGCAGCCCCGCCUCCGCCCAGCCGAUCAAAAGAGGAAGUCUCCCGGAGCCUCGCAGCUCUCCGGCCCCCAGCACGGCUCCUCGGAGGGCCUCGGACCAGCCGCACAGCCACAUGGCGGGGCGGCUGGGCCUGGAGGAGCGCGCACACACCAUCGGACACAGCGCCCGCAGCCACAGUCCCAUGAGCGCCGCACUACCUCGGAGACCGUCCGAGCCUCUGCCUCCUCCUCCUCAGCGCUCGACGACGCAGGUGCGAGCUUUGUACGACUUCAUGGCGGAGGAGGGCGACGAGCUGGAGUUCAGAGCCGGAGACGUGAUCGAGGUGUUGGACCGCAGCGACCCUUUGUGGUGGAAGGGGAAACUGCGGGGAAAGAGCGGCCUGUUCCCGUCCAACUACACUGAGCUGCUGUGA